GGCGCGCACGCGGAGGCGCCGGAGGACCUGCGGGCGCACUUCAGGUGCACGGAGCUCUGCGCGGCGCUCGACGCCUCGGACCGCGCCAGAGUGGAGGCGAUGUUCGCGCAGGUGGGCUGCCCGGACUCGGGCCACGUCGUGUGCUCCUCCUCCGUGGAGCAGCUGUGCGCCGGCGCCUGCGGCGGGGGGAAGCAGGACAUGGCGGCGUGGCUCCCGCGCACCUUCGGCGGGCAGGCCACGCCUGGCUCCGCCGAGUCCGGGCGGCGCAUGCCCCGGGCGCUGGAGGAGGCGCUGGCCGCCCACCAGCGCUGCGCCGCCGCAUGCAGCGCAGAGGGCGUGGCGGUGGACGCCGGUUCGGCGGGCGCGGCGGCUACGGCGCUGGAG